CGGAUAACGCGGUAAGCAUCCGGAUUACAGAGAUCCUAUUGCACGUGACGGCCACGACCACCGUCGCAGGCCGCCGCGGUCGUCGGCAAAUGCAGAUCUACGCAAGCUGUCCACACAAGUGCCAUUGGAAUCACACCAAGAUGCAUACAAGAAGUUCUUCCCCAAGCCACGCGCAGCUUCCCCGUUCGGGUUCGGUCGGGCAGCGUACAUAGAACACGCAAUUUCGCGGUGCGCUCGAUAUCACUCUGAACAGGAGGCAACGCCGAGCACCACCAAGCAUGAACUCAUCCCACUCAACUUCAGUAUCCUUGUGCAGCACGUCCCGCGUACUCGGAAGUGUUUUUGUCACAUCGCCAUGGCCACCACACAACCCAUCGCCGCCGUGGACCUCCCUCGCGACGCUUGCCCGUUUCGGAGAUAACCGGAGGUUGUCCGGAUAAUGUUCAUCAUUUGGCACCGAAUUGGAGGGAAAGUCGCGGCGCACUUUGGAGGUUGGACCGGCGAAGGCGAUGAGCACCGACACCAAAUGGAAUUGGAAAGAAAUAUGCAGCACCAAGCAAGAAAAGGUUGAAAGGCAAGCUUCGGCCCCGCUGCCUGCUACGGGCGGGGUCAUGCACAGCAGCGGUAGUACGGUAAUGGCCACCAACAAGAGAGCGAAAACAGCGCACAGAGCACCAGGUCUGACACCAGAGCAGAAGCGCGCAGCAUCACACGCGAAAUACGGUGUCGGUCCGUCCCGAGACUCUCUUGAUACAGCACGUCGACGAGACGAAUUGACCGCAAAUUUCCACGAGUACAGCAACCCAGAGAUGACUGUGCCAAACAACGACAAAUUCCGCAUCUACAACCCUGGCGUGUCGUCUUCGACGACUGCAAGCAGCACGAACGACCGUCAUGUGGCGGAAGAAUUUUCAGGACUUCGUAUCAAGUCCCGUCUCGUGCCGGCCGAGGUCAUGCGGGAACAAAUGGAUGGCCGGCAGAUGAUCCAACUGGCCAAGCUGGAGACAUCGCGGCGACAAGAUCUCGAGAACACUCAGGUUGAUUGGGUCACGAUCGGCGUCAUGACGAGAGCCAAUCUGUCCAAAGCCGCGUCCGGCGCGCCGUUCGUCGUGUGGACGUUGUCCGACCUGGAGACGUCGAUGGCGUCGCUGUUUCUAUACGACGACGCAUACAAUAACCACUGGAGAGAAGCCGAGGGAAGCAUCGUGGCCGUGAUCAAUCCGGCCGUGUUGCCAGCGAACGAAGCGGGCAAGUUUGCGCUGAGCAUUCGCAGCGGGCUCAAUGUGGUCAAGCUUGGCACGUCCAUGGACUUUGGAAUAUGCAAGAGCCUUACAGCUGGCGGCAGACAGUGCAAAAUCCCCAUUAAUGUUACCAUGGGCGACUACUGCGUCGUCCACGUCGCGGCAAAGUUCAAAGCCGCGGGCAAAGGCCGCCAGGAACUCAACGGUGCCGGAACAUUUCGUACCGACUUGUUUCGAAAUGGCGACAGUGUCCGCAACGUAUCGGCGGGGACGUAUGCGCCCAAGCCGUCGAAGCAUGAUCCAGCCAAGCGGAAACGGGACGCCCGCAUGAUGUUAGUCCCGACGACACAAGUAGAUGCCGUGGGCCACGUCAACACAUUUCAACCCACUUCCAAAUCAUCCGCUGGUGGGGCUGCGCCUGCCCUUGCUCCUGAAUUUGUACGGAAGGCCGACCAGUCCGCAUCCAUGGAGCAAUUGCGCAGUGCGAUUCGCGAUACUUCGUCACAGAACCAAUCGUCUGGCGUCCCAUCAAAGAAGUCGCUCGUGGCGAAGAUCCUCGGCGUGGGAAGCGGUGCCAAAAAGGUCAACAUGAUGGCGAUGUUGAUGAAGCCGUCCGUGUCUGGGCAUGCCGGCGCAUCCCAACCCUUUCCUGCAUCCAAAUCCCUCCAAGCCGCAGCACCGUCCAUAGCCCCAUUGACCACACUUUCUCGCACAAGUCGGCCUGUUCCAGGAUCCACUAGCCAACGAGUGCAAAACCGACUGACACAAUCCCCAUCGAACCGGCGAGUGGCAUCGUUGCGAGCGAGCGGCAUGCUGCUCGAGUAAUCCAUGCUCGAGUCACCACAAAGCGGUGAGCAACGUUGCGUUCGAGUUUCGGCAGGAGACGUCACGACAUGCAGAUCCAUGUCGAGUUGUAGCGCACAAGCUAGUCAGCGAGAAGGGAUUUGUCAAGCAGGGGACGUGGCGGGCAGGUUGACUGAAAUGGGCACCUGGCCACGCUUGCAAGCCUUGGCAACUACAUUCAAGCUGAUGGACUUCCCAUGGAACACCAGAUCGCUUGUGUCUUGAAACAAUCCGAACGACUUGACUCGUGUGACGUUGC